AUGCUCGCCUACUGCGUGCAAGAUGCCACCGUGGUGGACGUGGAGAAGCGGAGGAACCCCUCCAAGCAUUAUGUAUACAUUAUCAACGUGACUUGGUCCGACUCUACCUCCCAGACCAUCUACCGGAGGUACAGCAAGUUCUUUGACCUGCAGAUGCAGCUUCUGGAUAAAUUCCCCAUAGAAGGUGGCCAGAAGGACCCCAAGCAAAGGAUCAUACCCUUCCUCCCAGGCAAGAUCCUCUUCCGGAGAAGCCACAUCCGGGAUGUAGCUGUGAAGAGGCUGAAGCCCAUCGACGAAUACUGCCGGGCGCUGGUCCGGCUCCCUCCCCACAUUUCACAGUGUGAUGAAGUCUUUCGUUUCUUCGAGGCCCGACCUGAGGAUGUCAACCCCCCAAAAGAAGAUUAUGGCAGUUCCAAGAGGAAAUCAGUGUGGCUGUCCAGCUGGGCUGAGUCUCCCAAGAAGGACGUGACAGGUGCCGACACCAACGCCGAGCCCAUGAUCCUGGAACAGUACGUGGUGGUGUCCAACUAUAAGAAGCAAGAGAACUCAGAGCUGAGCCUCCAGGCCGGGGAGGUGGUGGAUGUCAUCGAGAAGAACGAGAGCGGAUGGUGGUUUGUUAGCACCUCCGAGGAGCAGGGCUGGGUCCCUGCCACCUACCUAGAGGCCCAGAAUGGGACCCGGGAUGACUCAGACAUCAACACCUCCAAGACCGGGGAAGUGUCCAAGAGACGCAAGGCCCAUCUGCGGCGCCUGGAUCGCCGGUGGACCCUGGGCGGGAUGGUCAACAGGCAGCACAGCCGAGAAGAGAAGUAUGUCACCGUUCAACCUUAUGUCAGCCAAAGCAAGGACGAGAUUGGCUUUGAGAAGGGUGUCACCGUGGAGGUGAUCCGGAAGAAUUUGGAGGGCUGGUGGUAUAUCAGAUACCUGGGCAAAGAGGGCUGGGCACCAGCAUCCUACCUAAAGAAAGCCAAGGAUGACCUGCCAACCCGGAAAAAGAAUCUGGCGGGCCCCGUGGAGAUCAUUGGGAACAUCAUGGAGAUCAGCAACCUGUUAAACAAGAAGACGUCUGGGGACAAGGAGACUCCACCAACUGAAGGCGAAGGCUCUGAGGCCCCCAUUGCCAAAAAGGAGAUAAGCUUGCCCAUCCUGUGCAAUGCUUCCAAUGGUAGUGCCCUCGGUGUCCCUGAGAGGACCGUCUCCAAACUGGCCCAGGGCUCUCCAGCUGUGGCCAGGAUUGCCCCUCAGAGGGCCCAGAUCAGCUCCCCAAAUCUAAGGACAAGACCUCCACCACGCCGAGAAUCCAGCUUGGGGUUCCAGCUGCCGAAGCCACCAGAGCCCCCUUCUGUCGAGGUGGAGUACUACACCAUUGCCGAGUUCCAAUCGUGCAUCUCUGACGGGAUCAGCUUCCGUGGUGGACAGAAGGCAGAGGUCAUCGACAAGAACUCGGGCGGCUGGUGGUACGUGCAGAUCGGUGAGAAGGAGGGCUGGGCCCCUGCGUCCUACAUCGAUAAGCGCAAGAAGCCCAACCUGAGCCGCCGCACGAGCACAUUGACACGGCCCAAGGUCCCGCCGCCAGCACCCCCCAGCAAGCCCAAGGAGACCGAGGAGGGUCCUGUGGGUGCCAACGAGAGCCAGGAUUCCCCACUGAAGCUCAAGUACGAGGAGCCCGAGUAUGACAUCCCCGCCUUUGGCUUUGACUCCGAGCCGGAGCUGAAUGAGGAGCCCACAGAGGACAGAGGCUCAGGAGACCGGAAGCCUGCCCAGCCCCGUAGACCCUCACCUGCCUCCUCCCUGCAGCGGGCCCGCUUCAAGGUGGGCGAGUCUUCAGAAGACGUGGCCCUGGAAGAGGAGACCAUCUAUGAGAAUGAGGGCUUCCGGCCAUAUGCAGAGGACGCUCUAUCGACCAGAGGCUCCUCUGGGGACAGUGACUCCCCAGGUGGCUCCUCACUGUCCCUUGCCAGGAAAAACUCGCCCAAGUCGGGCUCCCCAAAGUCAUCAUCGCUCCUGAAGCUCAAGGCAGAGAAGAACGCCCAGGCUGAACUGGGGAAAAACCACUCCUCGGCCUCCUUUUCCUCGUCCAUCACCAUCAACACCACCUGCUCCUCCUCUUCCUCCUCUUCCUCCUCCCUGUCAAAGAACAGUGGUGACCUGAAGCCCCGCUCUGCCUCGGACGCAGGCAUCCGUGGUACUCCCAAGGUCGGGGCCAAGAAGGACACUGAUAUGAGGGCUGGGCUGACCUCCUGUGCCCGGGCCAAGCCAUCUGUCCGGCCUAAGCCCUUCCUGAACCGGGCAGAGUCACAGAGUCAAGAGAAGAUGGACAUCAGCACUUUACGACGCCAACUGAGACCCACAGGCCAGCUCCGGGGGGGCCUCAAGGGCUCAAGGAGUGAGGAUUCAGAGCUGCCCCCACAUACAGCCUCCGAGGGGCCCAGUGAGGGGGCCAGGAGAGGCUCAGCCGACAUCAUCACCCUCCCGGCCACUGCUCUCCCGUGUACCCCCAAGAAGGAGUGGGAAGGGCCAGCCACCUCCUAUGUGACAUGUAGCGCCUACCAGAAGGUCCAGGACUCGGAGAUCAGUUUCCCUGCCGGCGUGGAGGUGCAGGUGCUGGAGAAGCAGGAGAGUGGCUGGUGGUAUGUGAAGUUUGGGGAGCUGGAGGGCUGGGCCCCUUCCCACUACUUGGUGCCCGAUGAGAACGAGCAGACUAACACCCCUGGCAAAGAGCAGGAUGUGCUAAAGAGCAGGCAGAAUGAGGGCAAGUCAGACAGCCUGGAGAAGAUCGAGAAGCGGGUGCAGGCGCUCAACACCGUCAACCAGAGCAAGAGGGCCACACCGCCUAUCCCCUCCAAGCCCCCGGGAGGCUUUGGCAAGACAUCAGGUGCUGUGGCGGUGAAGAUGAGAAACGGUGUGCGACAGGUAGCAGUCAGGCCCCAGUCGGUGUUUGUGUCCCCACCACCCAAAGACAACAACCUGUCCUGUGCCCUGCGAAGGAAUGAGUCACUCACAGCCACCGACAGCCUGCGAGGCGUCCGCAGGAACUCCUCCUUCAGCACAGCACGCCCAGCGGCCGCGGAGGCCAAGGGUCGCCUGGCGGAGCGGGCCGCCAGCCAGGGCUCCGACUCACCCCUGCUGCCCACACAGCGCAAUGGCAUCCCUGUGUCCCCUGUGCGCCCCAAGCCCAUCGAGAGGUCCCAGUUCAUCCACAAUAACCUCAAAGAUGUGUACGUCUCUAUUGCAGACUAUGAGGGGGAUGAGGAGACCGCGGGCUUCCAGGAGGGGGUGUCCAUGGAGGUACUGGAGAGGAACCCCAAUGGCUGGUGGUACUGCCAGAUCCUGGAUGAUGUGAAGCCCUUCAAAGGCUGGGUGCCCUCCAACUACCUGGAGAAAAAGAACUAACCGAGGUUGUGCAGUCACUCCAGCCUCUGUGCCACUGUACCCGCCACUGGAUGAGCAGUGACAUGCAGACCAAAGGGGAAGGACAAAAUGGGAGGGGGUGGGGG